UUUUAUUGUUCCUAGACUAAACACAUGGCAGACGGAGACUGGAGAAAUCAAACAGCUGUCACAGAAUUCAUCCUCCUAGGAUUUGGGGUUCUCCCUGAACUUAAAAUUCUUCUCUUCCUGAUGUUCCUAGUAAUCUACAUGGCAACCGUGGUUGGAAAGAUCCUCACAGUGGUGCUUGUUCUGACUCAUCAGCAGCUUCACACCCCCAUGUACUUCUUCCUGGGGAACUUGUCCUGCUUGGAGACCUGCUACACAUCAAGCAUCCUGCCCAGGAUGCUGGCCAGUUUCCUGACUGGGGAUAAAACCAUCUCAUUCAGUGGCUGCUUCACACAAUUUUUUAUCUUUAGUUCUCUGGCAUGUACAGAAUACUAUCUCCUAGCAGCGAUAUCUUAUUAUCGGUAUUUAGCGAUAUGUAAACCCCUGCACUAUUCAACUCUUAUGAAUACCAGGUUUUGCCUCCAGUUGGCUGCUGGGUCAUGGUUAAAUGGUUGUUUGGCUACUGUUGUCUUUGUCUUGUUCCUAUCACAGUUAACUUUCUGUGGCCCAAAUGAAAUUGACCAUUUCUAUUGUGAUGCCCUCCCAUUUAUGGAGCUCUCCUGCAGUGACACACACUGGUUAGUAUUGUUCAAUUUCAUUCUAUCUUGUGUAUUCACCAUGCCUCCUUUACUACUAACCCUGAUAUCCUAUGUGUGUAUCAUUGCCAGCAUCCUGAGUAUCCCUUCUACCAUAGGGAGACAAAAGACCUUUUCCACCUGCUCCUCCCAUCUCGUUGUGGUGACAAUUUACUAUGGAACCCUAAUGAUUGUCUAUGUGCUUCCGAAAAGCAAUACAUUAAUCCUGAACAAAGUGCUUUCUCUUUCCUACACAGUAAUGACUCCCCUGGUAAAUCCCCUCAUCUACAGCCUGAGAAACAGAGAAGUUAAGGAUGCUUUGAGCAAAUCAAUCAGUAAAUAUGUGACUUUCACAAAAACAUGCUGA